AACAAAAAUGUGCACAAGUAUUUUACUUUGUUAUAUGUGUCCAAAUGUAAAUGUAUUCAUGUACAUAUAUGUAAAUUCUUCAAGUGUUAUGUAAAAUGGUGCAAAUAUUACAUGUGUACGCAUUAAAUCAGCUGAUAAACUAAAAAACUGACUACAAAUUUCCAGAUUUAAAGUGAAUAUAUAGUUCGAAGAAAAAAUACACGAUAGUGAGUCUAUUUUUUAAAAAAAUAACUUUGUACAUAUGUGCACGAUUAUAUUGUCUGUUAUAAAGUUUUUAAAAAAUGGUGAAAUACAAUUACUAUGAUUAUUAUUCAAUCUAUCAUGUGCUUUUUUCUUUACUUCUCAGAAAUCAUUAACCAUAAUAAGUAAACAUGUAUAUAUAUUAUAAUACUGUAUAUUGUAAACGAAAAAAAGAAGUAAUAAUAAGAAAAAUGAAUGAGUGGUAUUUUAUUAAUUGUUAACAUGACGUAAAUUAAAAUGUAUAAAUGUUGAUUGUAUCAAUAUUCACGUGUGUACAUAAAGCUUAAAAAAUUUUAUUAUAACCUUAAUAAUUCAAAAAUGUACAAAUUCAAGCCAUUUGUUUUCGUAAAACACGAUUCAGAAUCAUCGUCAAUAGAUAAACAAACUCCAAGAGCUAGAAGUGGCCAUAGAAUAGUGUGUGAUGAAAGAUAUCUUUAUUCUUAUGGUGGCUACAACCCGUGGGUUCCUGACGAUGAUCGUGUGCUAGUUGAUGAUAAAAUUUGGCAAGAAAGUCGACCAUUAUUUAAAGAAUUGUGGAGGUUUAAUUUAACAACAGAAAAAUGGACACUUUUACCAGGACGUGAAAAUUUACCUAAUGAACUAGCAUCAACUGCUGUUAUUUUACGUUCUGGGAAACUAUUAAUUCACGGUGGUACUGCUGCACCAUUUGGUGAAAGUUGCAAUAAUCAAUUGUACGUGUGUGAUUUAGAUACUGGUAAUGUUGAGUUACUCAACGUAAGAGGAACGUUACCAGAUCCUCACUAUGGACAAGCACUUGUUUGCCAUGGCCCUUACCUCUACACUGUUGGGGGAACUACUGGAUUUGAAUAUAGUUGUGAUAUACAUAGGAUUGAUUUAAGAACUGGAGUAUGGGAAAGUGUGUACAUAUGCUCAGGUAGAGAUAUUACAGAACCUGGUGGAAGAUAUAGACAUGAAUUAGCUUACGAUGGAAAGAUGAUUUAUCUUCUAGGAGGUGGUACAUCAUUAGAAUGUUUUGGCUUUACGGAUAUUCCAGCUUUUGACCUAGAAAAAAAUAGAUGGCUUUGUCUUCAAACAUACGGUGACCUAAAUAAUAAUCCAUGGAUUCCUGGUCCACGACGGUCACAUGGGUCUGUACAGUAUACGGAUCCAGCAACAGGUGAAAUAAACGUCAUCAUAUCAGGCGGAUAUACUGGUAUUCAUGUAUACGAUGACGUUUGGAAGCUUAACUUGAAACGACUACAAUGGACAUGUCUCAAAAAAUUUAAUACUGUUUUGCCAAGACCAGUAUAUUUUCAUUCAGCAGCUGUUACACCAGCUGGUCGCAUGUAUACUUUUGGAGGAAUUAACCAAUGUGGAUCACACUUUGAUAGCUCAAGAACAUCAGCAGUUCAUUCUGUUUGGUUGGUUAUACCAAAACUUACUGAAAUAUGUUGGGAUGCAAUAAGUUACUAUUAUAAAGAUUCGUGGAAAGAUAAAACACGAGAUGAAUUAAUAAAUAUCGGAAUACCUUUAAAAUUCAUAAAACGCUUAGGUUUCGAAAACUAAAUGACGCAUUUGUUCAUUUCAUGAUUAUUUACUGUUUUACUUUUCAACAAAACCUUUACAGCGAUAUUCAUUUUUCAAUAUUAUGGUAUAUUUUUUUAUAGUGAAUUUCAAUAAAUAUAUUGAAAAAUGCAUAAUUAUUAACAUAAGUUGAAUGAAUUGUGUUUCUAGUUUUAUUGUUUAUUUAUAAUAAUUGGCUUUACAGUUGAUAUAAUAAACUAUAUAAU